GAGAAGGCGUUUCACAGCAGCCAUCAUCAUCUAAUGGCGACGGUCAAACCCAAUCACGCCUCAAUCAAGCGCCGGUUAUCAGUGUCAAAUUAAAAGUCUGCCCAAAGGAAGCUGUCUUUUAGUUAUUGUCCAACAUUUAUGUGAAUAUUAGGUUUUUACGUAGCGCCAUUCUAAUCUGGAGAAGGAAAAGCGCAGGAUGGAGCGUAUAAAAGACACGUCGUGCAGACUGACCGACGUCCCUUUGUGUCUUUAAGUUGUUUAUGUCGAAGCGCUAUCGGGAGGUGAAGGUAGGAAUCCGUCUCAGAUCCCUCAUGGACGUCUGCUGGUGAAUCGAGUUUCCUUGGAGCUAAAGAUCAGCUGAUGUAGCCAGCUCUUGAACGAAUGAAUGAAAAAGUCGGUCACUUCACCUUCGCCAAAAGGACUCCAUGUCUUUCUUGGACUGUUCCUGCAUAUCCCACUCUCAGGUCCAGCCCAUGGACAUAGAGGAGCGCUAUGAAGACACCAGCCACCAGUUUCGGAGCUGCGACGGUUCUGAAUACACCCUGCAAGGCCCGGCCGGCGGCGAUGACAUCACGGGGCUGUCGCCCGAGCCGGCCCAUUACCAGCUGCUGUCCGAGCUGGGUAAAGGGUUCAAUAACCUGAGCCAGGUGAGCAUGGCGCGACACAUGCCGACCGGCCAGCUGGUGGCCGUCAAGCAAACCAACCUGGACGAAUGUACAGAGGAGGAGCUGCUGCAGCUCAUGAACGAGGUUCUUCUCUCCCGGCUCUUCCGUCACUCCAACCUGCUGACGUCCCGCCUGGUGUUCUGCUCGUCCUGCCAGCUGUGGGUGCUGACCCCCCUCAUGGCCUACGGAUCUGCAGACGCCUUACUUAGAACUUUUUUCCCCGAUGGAAUGAGUGAGUCCCUGAUCGCCUACCUGCUGCACGGCGUCCUGAAAGCGCUGGAUUACCUGCAUCGGAUGGGCUACGUUCACCGCGGGGUGAAGGCCAGUCACAUCCUGCUGUCAGAGGAGGGCCGGGUCUACCUGUCGGGCCUGCACAGCGUCUACAGCAUGAUGCGUGACGGGAAGAGGAUGAGGGCCGUGUUCGACAUGCCGCACCACAGCCCGGCGCUGCUGCCCUGGCUCAGCCCAGAGCUGCUGCGGCAGGACCUGCAUGGUUACGGUGUGAAGUCGGACAUCUACAGUUUGGGAAUCGUAGCCUGUGAGUUGGUGAGCGGCAGGGUGCCCUUCCAGGACAUGCCGCCCACUCAGAUGCUGCUUCAGAAGCUGCGCGGCUCCCACUGCUGCCUGCUGGACGUGGCUCCCUUCCCGCUGGGCGAGCUGGGUGGCUUGAAGGUGUCCCGCUCCGGGGUGGACUCCGGCAUUGGGGAGAGCGUGGCCACCGGGAGCCUGACGCACAGCGCCACCGCGCCGCCCACUGACCGGCCACAGAGCCCGGGGCCCAAAAACCACUCAGCGACGCUGCACAGCCUGGUCCAGCUGUGCCUGCAGCAGCAGCCGGAGCGCAGGCCGUCAGCUUCUGAACUGUUGAGCCACGCCUUCUUCAAGCAGGUGAAGAGGCACACCGGAGACUCUUUCCUCAGUUUGAUGUACCCAGCAGUGCCCCUCUCCUGCCCUGAGGACCGGCCCGUGUCCAGCCCGCCGGGCCCCACGCGUCCCGCGUCACCAUCAGCCACCGCCGAGCCUCCAGAGGCGGCGUGGGACUUCUCUGACUAGCAACCCAAAUACAGACAAUCAAAGAAAAGCAAGGCCAUGCUCUACUGUGCUUUUUUAAUUUGUAUUAUUAAUAUUAACCCAACAGUCUGAGCCUUUUUAUAUAAUUUUAUAAUUUGUUUUUCCUUUUUUAUCUGUUUGUCUGAUGGAUAGAUUUUGGCGUGAGCCAACUGUGAAAGUGCUGGACUUACAGAAGCUGCUCAAAUAUACAAAUCUUUAGUAAUUAUAUCUUUAAAACGAGUCAGCACACUAAUAAUUGUGACACAUUCUGCAAAGAAAGGGCCACUGUUACAUGUUUAUUGUGGAUUCAUGUGUUCCAGCUGUGAAUGUGAAGUAUUAGGUACAUAAAACAACAGGUUUCUUAUUGUAUUGAAGGAGAAAACAUUGUUUUUAUUAAGUCAUUCUCAACAAGACUAGAUCCAGCCUUGUAAUCCUCCUUCUGCUGUAUGUUCUUUUGUGGAAACUUUACAACAUGGGGGUUUAACUGUGCUCUAAAAAGGCACGAGCAAUAAAUGUGCUGUAUCUAGUGCUAAGCUAGUGUAGCGGUUAGGAAUCAUUAGUCUUCCCUGUCCUGGUCUACAUAAAAUGUUCCUACUGUGCUCUUCAACCACUUAUCCAGCAAUGCCUUUGUUUUUAAUAGGAUCUGGUGAAUUCUUUGUAACUGUGAUUAAGCGUGCUGUGUAUGAGAACUGUGAGUUACAGUACAUAUCAAACAUGGUAGCUGUAUAAGCCUUACUUGUAUUAUUAAUGGUACAAUAUCGAUAUAUAUGUUUUUAUUCCCAU